GUUUUAUCUCAAAGAUUACCUCAAAGCUAGCCUCAUUGGUUACUGUAUGGGUCUCUAUGACGAUGAUCCAUGCAGUAAUGUUAAUGGAAAAUCUGUAAAGAAGAAAGUAAAAUCAGUGUUCAACAGAAUUGGCUCCUACCUUAAGGGUCAGAGUGCCUCACCUCAGAGCAACAAAGCAUCUUCAAGUAGGGAUGCCGACACUGAGCCUAAGCAGCCACUCAGAGACCCUUUGCUGCAGUUGGUUUCCCUGCAGGAGGCGUCUGGUCGCUGGGUGCUGGAUCCAGCUCUGGCUGCUGCGCUGGGAAAGACCAGCGAGGAGGUGGAGAAGACAAAGCCUGCCUUGGUGAACCAGGAAGUGUGGGCCACCAUUCUGGCUCUGAUCUGGCUUCAUGGUUUCAAGAUGGAUGCUAAGGAAGAGUGGGAGCUUCUGGCUAUGAAGGCUGUGUCAUGGUUCCGUGCUCAGAAUGCACCAUGUGUGGCAGAGUGUGUGGAAGCUGGAAAUACACUGUUAGGUUGUGCAGUGCAGAGAGAUGUCCUGGGGCUCUGAGCUUUUAAUGAAACUGACUGGGAUUGGUCCAUCCAUCAAUCAUGCAACAGCACAAACAUAUGGAAAUGUUCUUCUGUAUUUAUGCCUUUAAUGUUGCUUUUUAUCUGAAACUGUUUUUACCUAAAUCAAUUAAACUUGGACAAAGGUUAGCUAAAUUAGAGGAGCUGUGCAGAGAGGUUCAAAUAUAAGGUCAGCUCAUUUCAUCAUGCAGUGAACUCAAAUAAUGUAAACUGUAUAUAUUGCACUAUAUUUACCCUCUGCCUUUUUAUUUGUAUUUUAUAUGAGUCUUAAAGUUUAUACACCAUAUAGUGACCUCAUAA